AAAGUCAUGAUUAAAAUUUAAUCAUGAUAAUUACCACGAUUAACUUUUAAUUUUGACUUUUUCCUUGCUUUAUUUACUCUUUUUUGUUUAUGUUUCAUGAUAAAUGGAUGAUUAUGAGUUUGUUUUCAAUUUACGCCAGCGGAAAAGACCUCAAAGAAAAACAAUUCUGCCUAAAAGUGACCCUUUUAUUGUGUUCGAUGAUUAUAAAUUCAAAAAGCGUUUCAGAAUGAGUAAAAAAACCUUCCAUGUGCUUCACAACCUUGUCAAGAAUGACCUUAUAGUUAUUGGAAACCGAGACAAUCCCAUUAGUUCAAAGAGACAAUUACUAAUUGCUCUGAGGUUCUACGCGACAGGUUCGUUUCAAAUUGUUAGUGGUGAUUUGAUUGGAUCUUCACAACCAACAAUAUCCAGAAUAGUCCUCCGUGUGUCGACAGUUAUUGCCAAAUAUCGUUCAAGAUUCAUUGUUUUCCCAUCUCAUUCAGAGGAAUCAAAGGUAAAUAAGUUUUCGCUAGCGUACAUUUAUCCUCUUUUUAAGUUGAAUUCCGGUUUUUCAAAAAUUGCAGGCUUUCCGGGUGUAAUUGGAGUUGUAGAUGGAACACACAUUAAGGUCAAAGUCAAGAAAGAAUUACAUGAAAGAUUCAGGAACAGAAAGAAUGAAAUCACAUUGAAUUGCCAAGUUGUCUUCGAUCACACAAUGAAAUUCAUUCACUUGAAUGCUAGAUGGCCUGGUAUUACUCAUGAUAGUAGAGUCUUUAAGGACAGCGAACCUUUCUACAUCUUGGAGUCAGAUGAACGUUAUGAAGGACAUUUAUUAGGUGAUUCAGCUUACCCCUGUAAAAAAUAUCUGCUCACCCCUUUAAGUAAUCCUAGUACGCUAGCGGAGAUGAUUUAUCAAAAACACAUAAAAACACGUAAUCUAGUUGAGAGAAGCAUUGGUGCAUGGAAAAGAAGAUUUUAUUGUUUGAAUGAUCUUCGACUCAAAUUUUCAACUUCACUUGUCGUAAUCGUAGCAGUAGCAGUACUUUGGAAUUUUUUAAUAGACGAAAAAGAUGAAAUGGACGAUGAAGAAAAGGAUAUCGUUGAAAAUUGUGAACAGAUAUUCGCUAGCAAAGGAGGCACACAGGCUGGUUUUACAAAACGAAAGGAAAUCAUCGAUUACUUUUGUUCAACUAGAUCGAGUGUAACUGUAUCCACAAGAAGUGUAUCAUCAGCGUUGUCAAAUGAAUAAUCUGGUGCAGAAUUUUCAAGCUUCUCAAUCUUUAGAUCGAGCAAAAUUUUCUUUGUUUUCAUGUUCACGAGCUUUUGUUGUAACACUUCCUUUUCCAAUUUCAUUUUCUCAAUAAAAACAUUUUGCUCUUCUGUUGAAACGUAUUUUCGUUUUUUACUGGUUGGUUUAGUUUUUUUCGCAAGCGAGUGUUGAGAAUCAUUGUCUUCGUCAAAAACAUAAAAACUUCAGCCUGUGAGAAAUACUUACUAUCCGAGUCGAAAAUAUUCUCAACUGGCUUGAUUUUAUCACCCAUUACAUCAAUAAGUUUCGCAUCAAUUGAUUCCAAUGUCGAC